UAACUUAACCAUGUAUCCGUUCCGUUCCUUCAGCUGCUUUGGUAUCGAGCGGUGUGCAAACAAGAUCUGCGGAGGCAACGGCACGUGUGUUCAGGACAGUGCCGGAGUGCCCACCUGUGUUUGCAAUGCUGGCUUUCUUCUGCAGCCCGACGGUGUGACUUGUGCUG